AACUAUUUCUCCAACUAAAGAAAAAUCUGGGCGCAAACAAUCAUAACCCUGCACAAACAUAAACAAUGUGUGCGCAGAAAAGCUGAAUACAGAUGAUUAGACUCCAUCAGAACUAGCGAUUCACUUUUCUUGCCCGUAAUUCAGGGUGGGAGACACGCAACCACUGAUGUAAUAUAUAUCCACAACACUUGCCCAAUUUCACCCUGUCUCCAUGAUAGAGUUUCUGUGACUCUCUGUAAUCCACAAGGACUCUGAGAACAGAUAAACUUGGGAACAAUUUGGGCUUGAUAGAAGAUGGCACGCUGCGAAAUCCUGCUGGUUCUUGUCAUAUCCGCGCUCAUUUUCUCAAAGUGUGAGGGCGGAGGAGGUCAGCCAUUUGCAGCAAAAGCUUCUCUGUUGCGCUUUUGGCGGCGCACAUUGCCCGGUGCUCGGCUUCCGCCAUUCUUGCUGCAAAAGGCCUCGCCCCUGAAUGCUACUUCCGUUGCUCUAUUUUCUCUCUAUUUGAAAAAUCACACCCUUUCCGACCAUAUCGAAUCCUUUUGCACAGCAGCGGAGGUACUCUGUAUUUCCACAGAGGUACAAAAUGCAAGAGCUGUAGCAGGGCCCUCGAAUUUCGAGAGCUACAAUCAGAAGAAGUUUCAGCAGUACAAGGCCAACGACAAUUCUUUCAAAAAUUACUCUGACGAUGGCAACGUUGUUGCAGACGCCUUCGGAAGCUACGGGCGUGACUCCAACAGCGGGUCUCAGAUCUUCAAAAACUACGCCCCCAAUACCAAUCUGGAAAACGAGAGCUUUACCACUUACGCAAGCGGAUCUGGCGGCGGUACCGGCGAUUUCUCAAAUUACGGCUUGCAGACCAACAUUCCCGACCAUCAUUUCAAAAACUACGGCAGUGGGAGCAAUGGAUUGAUACAGAAUUUCAACAGCUAUGCCGAGCAGUCAAACGUGAUUCAGAACGGAUUUACCACCUAUGGGAAGGACGCCAACGCCAUUCUGACGGAUUUUAGCAACUAUGCGUCGAAAUCCAAUGUGAUCACCAACAACUUCAAGGGCUACGACCAGGGGGGCAACGCCGCCAGCGGAGGCUUCACCAAUUAUGGAGACGACGGCAACCGUGUGACCAACAAGUUUCAGAGUUAUGCAGCAAAAUUAAAUGGCGGCGACGAGAGCUUCACCAACUACGGUCAUCUUGCAAACACACAGCAGGCUGUGUUCAACUCGUACGGGAAGAAUGCCAAUGGUGCGGGGAUCAGUUUCAGUACUUACGGCAACAAAACCUGGUUUGACUCCUCCAGUGAAUUCACUCAGUACGCCAAGGGCUCAAACAGUCCCAGUGUGGAGUUCAAAUCCUACAGCCUCAAUUUCACUUUCAAAGACUAUGCCAAGUCCGGCGUGACCUUUUCAGAUUACAACAGGACGGUUAAAAGGGCGAGCGUGGAGGCUGGGAAGUUCUUCAGGGAGAAUCUGUUGGUACAGGGCAAAACUCUCCCCAUGCCCGAUAUCAAGGAUUACAUGCCCAAAAGAUCGUUUCUUCCCGGUUCUUUGGCAAAAAAUCUGCCCUUUUCUACCCAGACGAUGCCGGAGCUGAUGAAAAUGUUAAACAUUCCAGAGAACUCGUCAAUGGCGGCGAUCAUGGCGAGAACGCUGCGAGAAUGCGAAAGGGCGGCGGUUAAGGGCGAAAUCAAGAAAUGUGUGAGAUCGGUGGAAGGCAUGGCGGAAUUUGCAGUAUCGGUGCUGGGCUCAAAGGUGGAAGUGCUCACAACAGAAAGCACAGCGGGAUCUGGACACAAAGUUUCUGUCGGCGCCGUCACGGGCAAAGACGGAGGUAAGAUCACGAGAUCAGUGUCGUGUCACCAGAGUCUGUUUCCGUUUCUGGUUUAUUACUGCCAUUCAGUGCCCAAGGUUAAAGUUUACAAAGCUGCAUUGUUGUCAAUGGAGGAGGAGAAGAAGAUAAACGAGGGAGUUGCCAUCUGCCAUUUGGACACCAGUCAAUGGAGUGCAGGGCAUGCAGCAUUCGUGGCACUGGGACAUCAGCCAGGGAAGAUCGAGGUCUGCCAUUGGAUUUUCGAGAACGAUCUCAUCUGGGUGCCCCUGCCCGCUUAAUUCUAGUUUUUUAAGCAGAUUUGCUCUUCUACCAGAAUGAAUUAACUGUAGCGCAUUAUAAAAAAAUAACUGUAUUCCAGGUUUUCUAUGGUGCUGCAACUUCGAAUGCAUUUUGUAAUCUUUUGCCUGCGUUAUUACAGUGCUGUUAAGUUUAGUUAUGAACAAAAGAAAAGGUCUGGUUUGAUUUCA